GUUGAUAUUCUAGUAUAUAGGUAAUAACUGCGAUUCAUUCUGGGUUAAUGAAUUGGUUGAUACUGAAGCUUUCUCUCUCUUCUUUGACAUCUAAUCCAGAAGAUAUCGUACGAAAGUAGUCAAGAUAUUGAAGAGAACGUCUGCCGCUCAAGCUUCUGGCCCUCCCCCUCCUCGAUAGCUGACCAGGCACGAUAUCGUUGAGUGUGCUGGCGUGGGGCAUCGAUGGCAGGAGGAGAUCUCAAGACGAAGCUGAGAGCCAUGUUCUUCCGCCGUCAUUCCUCUGAAUCCUGCUCGCCUUCCGCGGGUGCCGCUGAUAGAGAAGCGCAGGCCGAUCAGCGUGGCGGAUCAUUGGGAUCAUUGGCAUCGCGGGGAAGCCGAGGGUCACCUUCAACAAACCUCGGGCGCGCUCCAUCGGACGACGAGGAAGAAGACAUUCAUGAUGUUGUCGAGACGAAUGCGCCAGAGCUGCCUCGAGGUGGUGGUGAAUCCGUUGUCGAUGUUGUUGAUCAUGUCCAUCGUCGCGGCGGCGGCCAACUAGGCCAAGACCAGGCCCGUAGCGAUCUUCGCGAAACUGCAUCACCAUCCCAGUGUCAACCUCUCGACGUCCAAGUCGACGCCCUCCUCCACGACAACCACAGGCACGAAAGUUUUUCAACCGCCGGUUUCCCAACACCAGACACCGAGUUCCCUUCUGCGCCAGCGCCAGAGCCAGAGCCAGAGCCAGAGCCAGAAGAUCAUGCGGGACACGACGAGCAUCGGCACGACGCGGAGAACAUAGCAAUCCAACCCAGCAGCCCGGCCGCCUCGAGCACCACCGCUCCAAGGAGACCAUCAGGGCCUUCGAGGGAACAAAGUCUGCUUCCCCACCAGCAGACCGCUCUGAUCAAGACGCUGCUGGAGACAGAGCUCCCGCCACAGUCCCGCACUGCGAACCUCAGCUCCAAGGUUCAGUUCAGAUCACCAGCUCACGCUAUCAGUCAAAAGUCAAGUCAAGCAACUAGAAAGAAAACCCAUCUUCAAUUGUUACAAGAUUACAAAAGGGAGAUGCGAUGCUGAUCGAAGGACUAGUUUUUGGUUG